AUGCUGGUCCGAGAUGGGUUUCCCGACUUGAAAAUCUCUUUGUCGGAAGGAAUGAAAAUAGACAACGGGGAGAGAAAACGAGCCCUACUCCUUCACUAUGCCGGAGAAACGGUAUAUGAUAUUUAUGAGGCCGAAAAGAAAAACUCAGAACCUACUUACGAAGCUACGAAGGGUAUCCUAAAGAAGUAUUUUGAACCAAAGAAAAACACUCAGAUGGAAAUCUACAAGUUCAGGACAUACAAACAGAACGAAGGUCAGUCUCUAGAUGAAUUUGUAACUGAACUCAGAAAGCUCGCAAAAACUUGUGAAUUCCAGAAUGUUGAUAAGGAAAUUUUAUCCCAAGUUAUCCAAAAUUGCCGUUCGAAUCGCCUCCGUCGUAGAGCUUUGAGAGAACCAGAUAAAUCAUUAGAUGACAUACUAACUCUGGGUAGAACACUCGAAAUUGCUGACUCUCAAGCAACAGAAAUGGAAAGGGAAAGCGUAAAUAAAGUGAAAGCAAAAACAGAACACAGGAUGUCAACAAGAAGUGAAACUGGCUACAAAAAGAAAUGGUCUACAUCUGAGAGACAACAGAAAACACAGAAUCAUCCAGUCAUGUGCAGGAACUGUGGUGGCGAAUUUCCGCACAAACAGAAACCUUGCCCUGCCAAAGGAAAAAAAUGUAAUUCAUGUCACAAGCUAAACCACUUUGCAAAAGUAUGUCGCAGUCAACGCUUCAGGAAGUCAAAUCCAGAAAGGCGAGUGUACGAGGUCCAGGAUUUCGAGGAACAUAAACACUGCACAGAUGAACCAAGCUCAGAUGAAGAAUACACAUACAGUAUACAAGAACAAGUAAGGUCAGUACGCAAGACUCCUAUGACAUCACUAAAGAUCAAUAAGAGACACUGCAAACUAAUGAUUGAUACUGGUGCGACAGUAAACGUGUUGGAUGAAACGACAUACAAGUACCUAGGUUGCCCCAAGUUAAAAAGGGACAAAACAAAACUAGUGCCAUAUGGUGGAGGAAGCCAACUUGAAGUUCUGGGAAAUUGUGAGCUGGAGGUGGAAACGAGAAACAAAUUUGAAAUUUUCCAGUUUCAUGUUGUUAAAGGAAGUCACAGUGCUUUGCUUGGAUAUACAACAGCACCUCAGUUGGAACUUGUCCAUGUUGUUAGUCAGACCACACAGCCAAAGUUAGAAGUGAGAUACCCAGAAGUAUUCAAAAAUAAGAUUGGAAGGUAUAAUGGAAAGCCAGUCAAGCUCCACAUUAACUUGGAUGUUAAACCUGUUGCUCAGAGAAGCAGGAGGACUCCUUUUCAUCUGAGACCCAAAGUUGAGAAAGAAAUUCAAGCCCUGCUGGAACAAGACAUCAUCGAGAAAGUUGGAAACACCCCAACGCCAUGGGUUUCGCCAAUAGUUACACCACCUAAAAAAGAUCCUAACGAAAUUCGACUCUGCAUCGACAUGCGUGAAGCGAACAAAGCCAUAGUAAGAGAAAGACAAUGCCAUAGUAAGAGAAAGACGUGCUACCAACAGUUGAAGAACUUAUCCAUGAACUUAAUGGCGCAGCAAUCUUCAGCAAACUUGACCUUAAAUCUGGAUACCACCAGUUGGAACUUGAAGAACAGUGAACAUGACAGCGCACUUGAAGCAACACUACAGGCACUUCAGAAAAGUGGACUUACAGUCAACAGUAACAAGUGUGAACUCAACAAGGACAAAAUCACAUUCUUCGGUAUUGUAUUUUCCAAAGAUGGAAUAUCUCCAGAUCCUAGAAAGGUGAAAGCAGUGAAGGAAUCAAUACCCCCGACAAAUGUAGCAGAGUUACGCAGCUUCUUAGGGAUGACGAACUACUCAUCUCGUUUCAUACCACACUAUGCUACUAUUACUGAACCGCUUCGCAGUCUUACUCGUCAAUCAUCAGACUGGAAAUGGGACUGCAAGCAGCAGAACGCCUUUGACAAGUUGAAGGAAGAACUGUCGAGUGAAACUGUAAUGACUUAUUCCAACCCAUCAAGUGAAAUCAAUGUGCAUGUUGAUGCUAGCCCUAUCGGACUAGGAGCUAUCAUGACUCAGAAACAGAAAUCCAUUGCAUAUGCGAGCAGAGCCGCAAGGCCGUAA